CAGAAGCUCCUCGACCUUUCCGACCGGGCAGACCCGAGCCCGAUCCUAAGACAAGAUAUAGCUGCCCGUCAUCCUACGGGCAGCGAGUUUUCCAGAACGUCCACAUGUCAGCACGCAACCCACCUUCCCUCCAUAAAACCCUCGCUCCUCUCAUCCUUUCUUAUCAUCUCCCCGUAGACAUCAAAGCUACUCAGAAGUAGAAAAACAGCAAAGGAAAAACCAGUGUUCAUUUCCAGUGCUUCUAGGACCCCUCAGGACCCCUCUUUUUGGCAUCCAACACCCUUAUUUCUUGGAGACUUACCUGAUUACGGUCGAAAAUGGCGUCGUCGUCGGCAGCACAGAUCCACGUUCUGGGCGGCGGCGCUGGAUUCGGUUAUUCGACGCCGAAGAGGACAGGGAGCUCCGCCGCGCCGAGGACGGUUUUUUUGGGGCAAAGAUUGGGUAGCAGUGGCUUGCCACGGUCGGCUUUCUUGAAGAUGGGGAAGAGGAACGGAAGCACCAGGACUACGGUGGGGCCUGUUCGAGUUGUCAAUGAGAAGGUUGUGGGGAUUGAUCUUGGCACCACGAACUCGGCUGUGGCGGCAAUGGAAGGUGGGAAGCCAACGAUUGUGACUAAUGCUGAGGGGCAGCGUACGACACCGUCCGUCGUUGCCUACACGAAGAAUGGGGACCGCCUCGUUGGGCAGAUUGCAAAGAGGCAGGCUGUUGUUAACCCUGAGAACACGUUCUUUUCUGUCAAGAGGUUCAUUGGAAGGAAGAUGUCAGAGGUUGAUGAGGAGUCGAAGCAGGUGUCAUACCGAGUGGUGAGGGACGAGAACGGGAAUGUCAAACUUGAGUGCCCUGCAAUUGGGAAGCAGUUUGCAGCUGAGGAGAUCUCUGCUCAGGUUUUGAGGAAGCUUGUGGAUGAUGCAUCAAAGUUUUUAAAUGACAAGGUCACUAAAGCAGUUGUUACUGUUCCUGCAUACUUCAAUGAUUCCCAAAGGACAGCAACAAAAGAUGCUGGUCGUAUUGCUGGUUUAGAAGUUCUUCGCAUCAUCAAUGAGCCCACUGCUGCUUCAUUGGCAUAUGGAUUUGAGAAGAAGAACAAUGAAACCAUUCUUGUAUUUGACCUAGGGGGUGGCACCUUUGACGUGUCAGUUCUUGAGGUUGGAGAUGGAGUAUUUGAGGUACUCUCUACCUCUGGGGAUACACAUUUGGGUGGUGAUGACUUUGACAAGAGAGUUGUUGAUUGGCUUGCUUCGAACUUCAAGAGAGAUGAAGGUAUUGAUCUUCUAAGGGACAAACAAGCUCUCCAGCGUCUCACUGAGACGGCAGAGAAGGCCAAGAUGGAGUUGUCUUCCUUGACUCAGACAAAUAUUAGUUUACCAUUCAUUACUGCAACUGCGGAUGGCCCCAAGCACAUUGAAACAACUCUUACAAGGGCCAAGUUUGAAGAAUUGUGCUCUGACCUACUUGAUCGGCUUAAAACCCCUGUAGAAAAUGCAUUGAGAGAUGCGAAGCUCUCCUACAAGGAUUUGGAUGAGGUCAUCCUUGUUGGUGGAUCAACCAGAACUCCUGCAGUUCAGGAACUUGUGAAAAAGUUGACCGGAAAAGAGCCCAAUGUCACUGUUAAUCCAGAUGAAGUUGUUGCUCUUGGUGCUGCGGUUCAGGCAGGGGUACUGGCUGGGGAUGUUAGUGACAUUGUGCUCUUAGAUGUGACGCCGUUAUCUCUUGGUUUGGAGACUUUGGGUGGGGUGAUGACGAAGAUCAUUCCGAGGAACACAACAUUGCCCACCUCUAAAUCUGAAGUCUUCUCAACUGCUGCAGAUGGUCAGACGAGCGUUGAGAUCAAUGUUCUCCAGGGGGAGAGGGAGUUUGUGAGGGACAACAAAUCUCUUGGUAGCUUCCGUUUAGAUGGAAUCCCACCAGCUCCUCGUGGUGUCCCGCAGAUAGAAGUCAAGUUCGACAUUGAUGCCAAUGGUAUCCUCUCCGUUACUGCUGUUGACAAGGGCACGGGGAAGAAACAAGACAUCACUAUUACUGGCGCCAGCACAUUGCCCAGCGAUGAGGUGGAGAGGAUGGUGAACGAGGCAGAGAAGUAUGCAAAGGAAGACAAAGAGAAGAGGGAUGCCAUAGACACAAAGAACCAGGCAGAGUCCCUCAUCUACCAGACGGAGAAGCAGCUGAAGGAGCUGGGAGACAAGGUCCCGGCCCCUGUCAAGGAGAAGGUGGAGUCCAAACUGGGAGAGCUCAAGGCUGCGCUCUCUGGUGGGUCGACUCAAGGCAUGAAGAAUGCCAUGAAUGCACUCAACCAGGAGGUGAUGCAGCUUGGCCAGUCCCUCUACAGCCAACCUGGUGCACCCAGUUCGGGACCUGCUCCUGGGGCCGAGUCUGGGCCAGCCACUGGCAAAGCACCAGACGGCAGCGAUGUCAUUGAUGCUGACUUUACUGAUAGCAAGUGAGAAAGGUGAAAGGUGAGCCUUUUUUUUUAAAUUUUAUUUUUUUGGUUGGUGACCUGUAUAGGAUACGAUUGUAAGAGGAAUAAUGGGAUUAGGACAUAGUUUUUCUUUUUCUUGUGGGGUUUUGGAAUGAGAAAUAGAUACUAGGAUU